AUGCCUCCUGUAAGACGAUCUCGAAGACUCGCACGUCAAGAUGUGGAAGCAGAUGGCAGACCGUAUGAUUCAAUCAAUCAAUCACCUUAUUUAACGUGGUCAGAAAGCUUAGCUAAAAGCUAGUUUACAGGUACGCCACGAAAUAAAAAGAGAAAAGGAAAUUAUAAAGCCUUGUGAAGGUAUAUAAAUUUAAAUAAAUUAAGAUUAAGAACUAGCUAAUAUUAAAAUAUAAGAAUUUAACAAUGUAGUCACCAAGUAAAAUGUAUAAAAUGUAAUCAUUAAAAACAGUAAAUAUAAUCAAGGAUAGAUCCUCACCGCACUCACGUGAGAUCUAAUGUUUUAAGUAAUUUUUAAAAGUAGGAAAUGUUUGUAUCUUUCGAGACUCGUCCGGUAAAGCGUUCUAUAAUUUCGAUGCAGCAUAUCUCCAUGAUCUUAACCUGGCUAAUAUCUUAAAGACAGUGGACAAUAUUUUCGCUAAUCGCUGUUCACGAAGACUUGAGAGACCGAUACGCUUACAAAGUUCCUCAUAAGGCGCGGACUUAUCUCUAAAAACAAAACGGAGCGCACGUUUGUUCACCAACUCUAACUUGUCAGCUGACUUUUUAUUACAGAAGUGCCACGUUUCGGAGCAGUAAUUAGAGUGUGGUAAAAUGAAAGCUUUAUAAAGAUCCCUUCUAGUCUCAAAAGACAACAUUUUCUGCAUCCUUUUUAAUACGGCGACUUGCUGACUGACUUUUCUACAUAUUUUAGCAAUGUGCUUUUCAAAAUUUAAUUUAUCAUCGAUUGUCACGCCAAGAAGUUCCAUUGUGUUGGAUAUGGGAAGUUGUGACUCCUCACACUUAAACACUGGUUCAUCAGUUCCUUUGUGUUUUCCCAACCAACAUACAGAAGCCUUGUUUGGAGCAAGUUUCCUCAUUACCUCGUAAACUUCUGUUGGAUUAGUGUUGCUUAGCGACACAUUCGGCCUGCUUAUUAAGUUAUUUGAUAUGUGCGAUAAAUCUACUGGAUAGCCGUUUUGAUUUGGUUCUAUGGUACUUUGAGUACAGCUUGUGAAGAAAUUAUUUAAUGUCUCGGUCACCUCUUGAGGAUUCCUGAUGAUUUUGUCACCCUCCUUUAAUGUUAUUCCGCUAUUGUCUACAUUCUUUCGGGAAUUAACAUAAGGCUUGAUGGCACACCAAAACUUCUUCUGAUCUGCAUAUUUUUCCGAACACAGCUUCUCAAAAUGUCUACGUAGAGAUUUUCUUCUCAUGCUAACUAUUUUGUUGCGCACUAGACGGUAGCUCUCCUAAUCAAACUGAUUACGUGAUCUAUUAAAUUUUUUCUUAAGCCGUUUUCGUUCCACCAUUUCUCCCGAAUUUCAGGAGUGAUAAACAUCGAUUCUACUGAAGAUCGUCGUUUGAAAGAUCACAUUGGUGCGUGGUCAUCUAACACCUGGUUAUAUAACGUCUCCCAGCACCAGUAAACAUCGUCUAUAUCAUCAAAAACGUAUGCAGCAUGAAAAGGAACUCGACUGAGAUCUUUCUGAAAAUCAUCUCGGUUAAAGGUCUUGAAUAUCCGUCUCUUGACGACUUCCGCGUUAGCAUGUAACAUUUUAGUUUUGAGAACCGUGUAAACUAGCAGAUGAUCACUGAUUCCUGUUUCGAUAACGCCAGACGAUUUCAUAAACAUGGGCACAUUUGAAAGAAUGACGUCCAGGCAAGAAGCUCUAGUUGUUGAAAUCCUUGUCGGUUCUUUAAUUAAUGUGUCGAGGUUAUAGAUAUCGCAAAUAUCCAAAAGGCAUUUGCCCUGGUUAUUAUUCAGAAACGGAUGAAUUAUGUCACAAUAUAGAUCACCAAGACAAAUCACGUUUACGCAGAGAGAUAUCGCUUGAUCCAGGACUGUAGUCAAUUCAGUUCUGAAAGUAGCAUUGUUAACAGAAGGAGGCUUGUAGGCACUGACUAAAGCAAAGUGUCUCUGUCCGAUGUGUAGAUCGAAUAAGAGUGAUUCCACUGAUGUUGUAAUGCCUUUCUUACAUGUUGCGGCGAUGUUAUCGCGAAUAAAGACGGCAAGACCGCCACCACCUUUCGUCCUGUCACAGCGAAAUAACUUGUACCCGUUAACAUAAAACUGAGAGUUAGGAAAGGAUCGAUCGAUCUUAGUUUCCUGUAUGGAUAGGAUAGAAUAUCGAAGGCUCUGUUCGUUAGCCACUCCUUGAUCUCCUCAAAUUUGCCUGGUAAACUGUUUACAUUUAGGCUUGCUAUAAUGCAUUCCUUGCGAUUUUCGUUUCUAAUUAACUUCAUGUCCGAAGGUUGUGAACUAAGGUCCACCUCAGUGUCGCUCGCGCUUUCAUGCGUGGAACUAUUCAAGGUGGAAAAGAAUGAAUCGCUAAACUUCGGCAAGGCACGGAAAGAGCAUAUCCAGUCGACAGAUGGAUUAUUGAGAUAGUACUGAAAGGUCCAGUUCGACAUAUUCAGACUUCUUGCAUGCCACCAGGUGUUGCACUCAGAACAUAAAAUGGCGUCUUGAUUGCUUCUUACGGAUUUAGAAUAUUCACCACAAGGAUAUUUCGUAGGCUUCCUUCUCGGACCAGGGUUAGGUGAAACAUCUCCAGAAAUCAACAAUCUUUGCGCUUGAAAUGUACCUACACCAGUAGCAGUGUAUAAUAAUCUUCCUCCAUUAAAACGCCUCGAUGCGAGCUUGAAAGGUAGUUUGUAGUUAGCACUUGACGUUGUUAAGUGGAGUGAAAUAACCAGUCGCGUACAGCGUUCGGGAUGCAUAAAAUUGCAGUUUGAUGACUCACGAAAUUCUCGUAGAAGUACGACAAGGAAUAAAAGACACAAUAAUGUGCCGCCCAUACGGACGUGUCUGACCGCCAUGAUGGCCACGUGAGAGAUUGUUUGAUCUGUUUAACGCGAAUCAACGUCAAUAUGCACAAUGCUACAGCCACACCAUGUUGCCAAAGGCGCGUACAUCGACAGUGUUAUCAAUCUCACGUUCAUACAUCCAAUACGUGUGGUCUUUGCAGAGAACCUUUUGCUGUCCAUGAGGCGUAAGCUAUGACCGCAAAAGCAAACCCAGAACCGGAACAUCCAUUUCGUCAAACAGAUAUGGAACUCCGUGA